AACGGCGCCCGUCUCUGAUGCUGGUUCGUCCGAUGGCGUCAAUCGCACGAUGAGUGUCAUUCCGUCGACGGGCUGGACGGGCAGUGACGUGCGGACCCCAAAUUUUCGUCACAUUAGGUUUUAUGUUCUCUCCUAGUUCCUCAGCUAGGGAGUGUGGUGUUCAUCGGGAUCUGGAACGCCGCUUGCCCGCGCCAGUGAUCCGCGCAUCGAUCGCCCACGCCCGGCCACGCCGAUUCUUCCGGGAGCUCCGCGCGCGACGAUUACGCUGCGCCGGGAGCUGGAGAUUUCGGAGCUGGAUUGUAGAGGGGGUAACGAAGCGUCGGGAAUGCGCCGGCGUGGGGAGCUGGGGAGGCGGGGAUGAAUGGAAAUAUGCCGCUGGCGCGCCAGUGAUUCUCGUGGUACGUUAUCGCAAUGCUGCUUUCUAGCGUGGCGCUCCAUGCGUAGCUUAGGUUCUAGGCACAGGGGCUGGAUAGAGUGAGAUUUGGGGAAAGGCGAGCAGCGCCCGGUGGAAUCCCAUGGCUUAGUCUGGCAAAUCGUGCAUUGUGGAGUCUGGAGCUAAAUUCCAGGGUCGGCAGCCAUGGGCGGCUUUUUAGUCUUCUCUAUAGCGUGGGAUGCUAGAAGUUCUUCUUGAGGCCACCGUGGUGGUGUAUGGAGAAUUAUUCCACCCAGAUGGAAGCUCGGCAGCAGGGUGGAGGAUCCUUCUCGACGUAUAACCUGGACGCUGGAAGCCUGGUGGACGACGAUUUCCUGUUCCUGGAUCACAACCUUCCUUCCAUCGACAGCAUUGCGUCCGACUUCUCGGCGUUCCUCGACUCCGCCGGGCCAAACGGCUCCUUGCUUCCGGCCGACGAGUGGUCGGGCACUACGAACACUUUGCCGGACACGCCCAGCUCGCAUCAGCAGCAGCUCCAGCAUGGUCUAGAGGGAUCUUCUCCGCUCCAAAGUCAGUUGCAAGGGCCUGUGAUCCAAGCCAAGCAGCAGCAGCAGCCUCUCCAGCAGCAUCAGCAGCAGCAGCCACCACAGCAAUUUGUUUUCGAGAGCCAUGCACCACCACCCUCGCAACCAAGCGCUCCGGAUGUUUUGAGCGGCCAACAUGGCGUCGAUCAGAUGGAUAGCCUGAGACAGCCGCAAUCUCAGGCAAGGCCCGGUGCGUUGCAGCUCGAGAACCAAGCGAGGCACGCCAACUUUCCAAGCCGGCAGGUGUUGCUGAACUGCUCGACACCCCAGCAGUCGCUUCCACCAACGCCAUCAGCAGCAUCAGCAGGAGCUGGAAACACGGCACGGGAGAUGGUGGUAGAGGGUGCUGGUUUUCAGGGGGUGCAAUCGGAAACAAGUGGCAUGGAGUCCAACUUUAGCGGCCAGAGAAAUUUCGAAAGUCUUCAAGGUCGACAGCUUCCGGGAAACAUGCCAGGUUUUCAAGGACAGAUGGAAGGGUCUCAAGCCGGGCUGAGGCUGUCGUUUCCCAGGGGCUUGAUGGCAAACGGCCAUUUUGGCAUGACUGGGAGCACCCCGCAAUUGCCGAUCCAGGGGCAGCAAGCAGCUAUGAAUCACCUACCAGGCGCGGACGCAGAUGGAAACGGUGUGGCACUUCAAUCGCAGCUCAUUAACAAUCAAACCAACUUCUCGGGCCAGUUUAUGUCUAAAGUAAACAACCGACAGUCAAUCAUUCCUGGACACGCCUUGAGCAACAUCCCUUCGUUCCAGCUACAGCCGUCGUCUCAUCAACUUCAGCUGCAGGGACAAACGAAACUGCAUCCUCAACUUAUGAAUCAGCAAGUCAUAAAUCAAGGGCUACUGCAACCGCGGCAAAUCCAGCUUGGAUCCCAGCCAUCGGUGUUCUCGUCUCCGCAGCAGCAGUCUUCAUACCAGCUGCUCCAAUCGCAGGGCUAUCAAAUGCAUCCAAAUGCGGGAAACCACUUGCCAAUUGGUCGCCAAAUGUUUCCACAGAUGCAGCCGAGGUUACAAAGUCCGCUGAUACAGGGCUUACGCUACGGUGGUGCUCUUGGCUCGCGACAGCUUGGUCCACAAAUAGUUGGCCCACAGAUUGGUACAGGAGUCCCCGAGAUGGGAACACGGUACCCUCCAUCAGGAACAAACGCAGCCAAGUGCGCGCAAGUGUUUAUGCUUUACAUACAGGAGCAAAGAAAGCGGCCACAGGACAACAACAUCAACUUUUGGAGGGCAUUUGUACACAAGUACUUCGCUCCAGGGGCGACUAAACGUUGGUGCUUGACCAGCUACAGCACUACACCUGUUGGUAGACAUGCUCAAGGGCUUUUUCCUAUGGACUAUUGGUACUGUAAUUUAUGUGGAAUUCAACCAGGAAGAGGAUUUGAAUCUGGUACAGACGUUCUACCAAGACUUUUCAAAAUCAAAUACGACAGUGGUUUACUCGAUGAGCUUUUGUUCCUGGACGUUGCCACAGAAAAAUAUUCUGUACCAUCCGGAAAAGUUGUUCUGGAGUAUGCCAGAGCCGUUCAUGAGUCGGUGUUUCUCGAACUUCGGGUAAUUCGUCAUGGCAAGCUGCGUAUAACUUUCAACAGUCAGUUUAAGAUUUGCUCAUGGGAGUUCUGUACUAAGGCGCACGAAGAAGUAGUGCCGCGGAAGAAUUUGCUUCAACAGGUGCACCAGCUGGCGAGCCUUGUCAUAGAAUCCGACCAGGAGAACUUUGACAAGAGCGCAGAGAACUUAAAAUCUCAUUGCAAUGCCUUUACAAAAGCGGCAAAGCAGCUGGCUGUUCAACUUGACGCGCCAAUGGUGAACGACCUUGGGUUCUCGAAACGUUAUGUAAGAUGCUUGCAGAUCGCAGAAGUUGUCAACAGCAUGAAGGACCUGAUAUCGUUUGAGAGGAAAACCGGCCUGGGCCCAGUCGAGAGCUUGAAGCGUUUCCCAACUGUCAAAAAGCUCCAGAUGGAAGGCGGCCUCGCCGGCUUGCCUCCAUCCUUAAGCCUGACUCAGAUGAUCACCGAGCUCACCCAAGGUACAACGUCUCUACAGUCCUCCACGGUCACGCGGCUCCAGUCGGAAUCAAUGUCCGAGGCGCAGGACCAAGGCGAUGGUAACCAACAAGCCCACUCAUCCUCCGUUUUCAAGGGAAUGGAAGCAGCAGCAGCAGCAGCAGCAGGGCCGGCAGUGAAUCAGCAGCGGAGUUCCAUGGAGUCGCGCUUGCAGCACCUCCUCCAGUCGUCAUCGGAGGCUUUCAACCAGAUCCAACCAUCUCAAGCGGCGCAGUCCAUAGGCUCCCAGCUAGCGUCUCCAUCUCAGGCUCCAGCAGUGGUAGCACAGGCUCCAGGCAAGCAGCAGCAGCAGCAGCAGCAGCAGGCGGUGGCGAGCAACCAGAUUGGUGGCGGAGCGGCGCAGCAACAGCAGAACUUCCAGCCGGUUGUUUUGAAGUCGGGUGCCGCAAAGUCUUCGCUGUCUCAGCCGCAUCAGUCGAGCUUGCCGGGAACGCCUCAAAGCGAGAUGAGCGACAUGAGGUCCAACACUUGACGGAUGGAUGGAGAGAAGGGCUGAUUAUAUACUGACGAAAAAGAGAAGAUUGGGCAGCCAGCGAGCAAGCAAGCAAGGUGUACAUAGUGUGCUUGAAAAGAAACGAUCUCUCUCGGCUGGGACUGCGGGAUGGACCCCCAUGAUCUCGCUCUCUCUCUCCAAAGAGAGGAGGAGAAAUGCAAAGUGACGAAGAAGAGGGGAUUCUUGCGGGAGUCCGGUUGAGGUUGAGGUGUGACUAGGACGACGACGUAGUAAGUUUCCAGUCCCCACGAGAAGAAAAAAAGGUUUGGAGAAUGGAAUGGGUUUUACAAAGCUGUUGUUGUGAAAAGUUUAGAACAACAAACACACAAUCUUUUAUACAAGGACGUAAGAUUUUUUC